CAUCAGCGAACCUUCUUGGAUGUAUUCCAACCCUCUUCAGACCAUCGUGACAGAACCAGAUCAUUUCUUAUCUGGUAGGGCUGAACAUCUUCAGGUUGCAUCUUUCUGUAAUACGACAUCCAAGAAUGGAGUUAUGGGCAUGUGGGUUUAAUGCUUGGAAUCAACUUCAGUUCGAUGGAGAUCUUCCUGACGAACCUGAGGAUGUUUUUACCUUCAAACGGGUAUUAAAAGCAAAGGGAAGUAUCAAAAUUAUUGGGACUUCUUUUUCUGCUUGUUUAGGUAUGUUGAAAUGAUCUUCUUCUUGACUUGCUGUAUUCAGUUCCAGAAACGGGAAUUCAAACUUAUAUCACGUGUGCUUCACAUGAUCAGGCAUAUUGUAUUGUGAAUGAGAAUACAAAUGGCUUCAACUGGCAGCAGUUCUGGCCGGUGCUGUAGAUUGAAUAAGAUUGAUUUAUCUUACUUAUUUGGGCUGUUCUUCUUUCACUGGAGUACUCAAAUUCGAACGUCGACAAGAAAGCUGAAACGGGAUUACAAGUGAGCUACAAGCUUCUACUCUUCCCUCAUAAUAGUGCAAUGCUUGGUCUAUAUAAAUCCUAUUUGAUAUGGAACACGACCUUAAAGUAUACACAUAUGGGUUCUGUCAAAAUUUAGGGACACCCUUCCUUCAUAUUAUUCCUAGGUCAAUCAGGCAAAUCGGAAAAUUGUAGGCUUGAUACCUAGUUUGACCCUCUUUUUAGCAUAUAAAUACGCUGCCUCACCAUGUAACGUAGCUAAUCCUCCUUUAAUUUGUAGUAGCAAUAUCAAACGACUCUUCAAGCCAUGCCGAGGAAAUCAAAGUCGCCGGGCAUCCAGACGGAUUCUUACAGACACAACUCGUGCAAAUCACGGCAAAGAGCAGCACGCAAAACCAACAACAAGAAACACUCUCCAAAGCACCCGAAGAGUAUCAAAGAAAAGCAACAGCAGCAGGAAACGAUAAUAUAGCAGGUAAUCAACAAACCAUCCAUACCAAUCCCUCUAUCAACGCACUAACAACCCUUAGAAUUCACCCCGACAGAGAUAAUCCAAUACUCUUCACUCCGCAACUACCUCACACGCAGCAAUCCAGACUUCGUUCUCCCGCUCCCACACAUCACACAACUCGUAUCAAACAGCACGACCUUCAGCGCUCUGGCGCAGGAAGGGAACGUCUACACCUGGGGCGACGAACGGUACCCUUCCUGUCUCGGGCGCGAAGUGACUUCAUCAAGGUAUAUUUCCUCCUCACUCCUCUUCUUCUCAUUCCGCAGUUCCCAUUCUCAAUUUCCCCGCAAUGACAAUCUCAAAUGAAAAAAAAACCCUAACCAUUUUAAAUCCAGUCCCGCAUCUCAUCCCACGCACAUCCAAUCCCUCACCUCCCUCCCCACAGGACCCAUCCAAAAACUCUCAUCCUCUGGCCCCCUAACCGCCGCUCUAACCAGCGGACACGAUCUCUACAUCUGGGGCCGUACCAAUACUCCCUCUAUAAUCCCCGAACUUUCAUUCCCGCCCCCUUCAUCUUCCUUAUCCCAAUCUUCACAUUCGUCUUCACCAUCCCCCUCAAACAACUAUGAUCCCAUACCCCUCGAUAUCCACGGAGCCGACAUUCUCGAUUUCAGCAUUGGUGAGAAUCACAUGUUGGUGCUUACGACUGAGGGGGAAGUGUAUGUUAUUGGGGAGAAUGGGAAUGGACAGCUUGGGCUUGGGGAAGAGGAGAAGGGGAGAUGUGAGGAGUGGAGAUUGGUGGGUUUGGAUUUUGGAGAGGGGAGUAGGAAGAGGUGUGUUGGGGUGUGGGCGGGGUAUAAGUGUAGUUUUGUUUUUGUGGAGGAUGCUGGUAGCUCUUCAUGAAGUUGGGAAUGGAAUAUUCGGUUUGCUUUCACAUCAAAGUGGGAGCAAGGAUUUGAAAAAACAGAUGUUCAGUAUGGUAUCUCUGUGCUCAUUUUGCCGUCUUAUGCUAUUCUAUGAUACAUCAUGACUUUGGGACUACGUUAAAGUUCAUUGCUAUUGCAGAAGAAAAGAAAAGCAGCUCAUAG